UUUCUAGGCAAUAAAAACUUUGUUACCAGCCCCAACCAAUCCGCGAGUCGCUCUCGAGAGUCUUCUGGGUUUUCCCCGCAAUUCUGCGAAAAACCCCUCAAUACGAAUUACCGCUCCACCCACACUCACCCCUUGUGAGCCCAUUGGAUGUCGGCUAAGGGUUGUUUAACAUAAAACGAGCCACCCUUAGCCACACCAAGUCAGUAAUCAAUCAGUCAUGAAGUGAGUCUAAGUCAGUGAGUGUUCAACCUGUACUCAUUCCCUUCUAAAAACCACGCUGGUCUCUGCGAUGGGCGCUAUCGACCCUCCACCAGCUCUUCCUUCCUUCCCUUGUCUCAUUUAAUGCUUACUCAGUAGUUUCAUUCCGACCGAACCCCGAACUUUUCAGUUCGUGACUUCAAAUGAAGUUUCAUACAAGUAACGACCAUUGUUACCGCUGCUACGCUGAGCUGCGCCACAAGGGCCGAAAAGCUUCGCGGUAACAAUUUGGCGCCCAACGUGGGGCUGUUUCGACGUCGGAGACGCCGACUUAUCCACUACCCUUACCCUCAUGCUCUCCAAGUGAUGCCCAGUACUCGUGCUAGUGCAACAUUAAACCAAAUCAACGCCAUGGACGCCCUGACCGAAGCCAUUCGCGAGCUUAUUCAAGCUCAAAUCGACGCUGCAAGAGCCCAAACUCAGUUCCAUGAGUCGCUCCGGACCAACAACGAAACUCCAGCACCGCAAGAACCCUUGCCACUACCAGAGUUUUUCGGCGAAAAUCACGAGGACCCACAACGAUUCCUGGACACAUGCCUCCUUCGAAUCAACAACGACAACCAGGAGAUUCGCCUUCAGAGAAUCGUUUCACAACUCCGGGGGCCCGCCAAAGAGUGGUGGAGACUCAACGGAUCGCUCAUUCCCACAUACGAGGAUUUCACCGCCGCUUUCCUGAACCGAUACAACGGGGUGAGUCAUUUGUUUAAACUCAAAGCGUCACUCUACGGCGACGGUCAACGAAACGAAAACGUGGAGCAUUUUCUUCGACGAAAAUGGCUCCUAGCAAAGCGAGUAGCACCCGAACUGCCGGAGUCGCAACUGGUGCGACUCACAGCCGGGUUGCUGACACCGGAACUCGCUGCGGCUAGCGGAACUGUAUUUCCGCAAUCGAUGAACGAUUUUAUCGAAGCCAUGAUCCAAGUAGAGGAAAAUAGAAAGCGUUUACCCUCGAACCACACUCGGCAGCCCCCUUCGCUACCAAAGUGCCGUUUUUGUCCCGGCUUUCACUUUCAUCGGGACUGCUCUGCGAAACCACCACCUGAGGUCGACAAACAAGAUGGAAUUUCCCAGGAGAAAAUCCUAACCAUAGCAGAAGAGGUCCGACAGGCUCAGAUUAGCGAUGCCUUAACCCGACGGUUGAUUAACCAGCGCCGAGACAUGGAGGAAAACCCCCCCGAAGGCAACGGUUGGCAAAGUGGAUUCUACAAAAACUAUUGCAUCGACAAUGGCUACCUGUGCCGUCGCCCUAAGAACACGCUCUACGUACCAGCUGGCAUUAAGGAGCGCGUGCUCUUCGAACAUCACGACGCAACAUUAGCUGGACACCCUGGGGCUGACGAAAGUGAGCGCCUAAUUCGGAAUAAUUUUCACUGGCCCUCCUUGAGACAAGACGUGCGAGACUACGUGAGUACAUGUUUACUAUGCGCGCGGUUCAAAAAACGCCCCAAUCAAACCCUUGCACCGUUACGACCGCGUCGCCCCCAAAGGCCCUUCGAAACCAUCGCCUGCGAUGUCAUGGGGCCUUAUCCCAUCACGCCCAGGGGCAAUAGGUUCAUUGUCACAAUCACGGAUCUAUUUACUCGAUGGGUCGAAGCGUACCCAGUACAAGAAGCCAGUGCGAAAACUAUAAUAACAAUCUUCGACAAGGAAGUUUUUGCCCGGUUUGGCUACCCCAAGAACAUCAUCACGGACAACGGCCCCCAGUUCACAAGCAGCAGAUGGACAAAAGCAUGCCAACGUUGGGGAUGCCAACCAUGGACUACCGCCACCUACACGCCCCGGCAAAACCCUACGGAAAGGCGUAAUCAGGAGCUCAAAAAGCUUCUUAAAAUCCACCUACAUCAGAAAUCCCAACUCGAUUGGGAUAUCCAACUUCCGGGUAUCUUGUUUACCCUACGAAAACGAAGAAACGCAGCCACGGGGCAACCACCGAGCCAGCUGCUCUACGGGGUGGAACUCCAAUUCCCAGGCGAAUGGGAUGGCCCAAAAGCGAGAGAAGCGCGGCCCGAACCUGAAGCUCUUCGCCAACAAGCGCGAAGGCACCAAUAACACUACGUGGCGCGAAAACUCGAUGUGGAACCCCCACAUCAUCCACCACCCACCUAAGUAGAUAACGAAUGGGGGGACAACACAACACAACCUUGACCUUGAGUUUGACCCCGCCCAUUUUCCCUCUCUUUCUUUCAAGGCCACUCGUUCUCUCUCUUACUUUUCAAGGCCAACCCCUCCCACUUCCCCCACCACUUCAAGGCCAAGGCAUUAUUGGACCUUGAUGUUUUCAAGGUCAAGGUUAUUCAUGCUACUCCCCACUUUUGCAAGGCCAACAACUUCCCUCUUUACUUAUCAUUCAAGGUCACUGCAGCUAGACACAUAUCUUUGGAAGGUGGUUGGGAACGUUUCUUUAAUAGAGUGGUUGUGUGUGAACAGUGCAGCACUAAGGACAUUUCUAUUAUUAAUCCAGAUGGGUGGAAUAAUUCUUUAAGUAUUGACAUUACGUGUAAUGAAGAAGAAUUCAAAGAGUUACUUAGAAAAUAUGGUUUCCUUUGUCAUAAGUGUAAAACUCCGUGUUACACAGCUAGCCAAGUGGAUCCGGAAAAUGCCCAAAAAAUUAUAGCUAUAUACCACUAACUUAAAUCAGCAUAAUGGAAGUUGACAAUGAUCCUUACUGCUACAUGCUCUUUUGCCUAUCUCCAAAGGACUGUGGUAACAGAAAAUUCUUUUGUUUGAGAUGUGUGAAGCUUAUGGCAGUGAGAUUUCACAUUUGUCAUCUACAUGUGACUUCAGUGUUAAACUACAAGUGUUUUUGGUGUAAUACAGUAAUAGGACAGAAUUCUCAGUUGUGUGGAAAUAAUUUAAUAAACAGAAUGACUGUUAAAAUGUGGUAUUUUAGUAGAGAGCGACAAAUGAUGUUUUAUGAUUCUGAUGACUAUGAUUCUGACGACUCAUCAAGUAGCUGUGAUAGUGGUAUAGAAUGUUAGUUAAUAAUAGUAGAAAUUAGAUAUAAACAACUUGUAACCUUAGAUUAAAUUAGUAUCUAUAUUGUUCUUUUGCUGUAUGGAUAAAAGUAAAUAAAUGAAGUUAUAUAAUAAACAGACUUGUGAUUCUCAACAUAGUAUUGAUUCAACUCUGACAAAGAGAGGUUGGGGUCUAAUAAAUAAAUUAAUAAAUAAAUUACCCAUUGAAUUACAUAUACCGGGUUAUCAGUUUUGUGGUCCUGGAACCAAAUUACAAGAACGAAUUGCACUUGGACAUAGUGGUAGAAAUAAAUUAGAUCAGGCUUGUAAAGAACACGAUAUAUCGUACGCCAACGAAACUAAUUUGCAAAAACGACACGAAGCAGAUAAGUUAUUAUUAAGUAAAGCAGUUGAACGUUUAAAAGCAAAAGACGCAUCGUUUGGGGAAAAAGCAGCUGCAUUAGCAAUUGCUGGUAUAAUGAAAGGCAAAGUAAAAUUCGGAAUGGGACCUAAAAGU